UGGACUUGUGGAAUGGAUACCUAUAAUAUCGUAUGGAUAGAGGAGAGCUUUGGCCGUCGUUGUCGGUCGUUGCAAUGUUUUGCUCCAGAAAUCUUCGUCUUUUUCAAAUAUUCCGAUGCUGAAAAUUUGUCUCUGCAAGUUUUGCGGCGUGUGUGGUGGCGGAGAGUCUUAUAUUGCUCCUCUCUGCGGCGGGUGUAUAAUAUAGUGUAUGGAGCGCGCGGAACUUCAACAACUUGAAGACUUUACAAGAGCAUACGUUUUUCACUCUGCUGGAGCUGCUGUGGAGCCAUUGCCAUCAUAGAUACACAAUUCUCUUCUAAGAGAUAAUGAGUUGGAAAUCUUGAAUAAAAGUCAAUUAAAAUGAUUGAAAAGUGCACAUGCAACCGUAGAGAGAAAAUAGACUUUUCAAUCAAACAAAGGAUGAAUGGAUGUUCCCUUGUCCAAAGACAUCAUCAGCUUCAGCAGUACAACAAUCCGACACCGGAAUAUCAUCCUAUAUCCCAUAGUUGUCCACAACUCACGACAUCAUCGUCGCAAAUUCAUCCAGCAAACAACAACAACUACAAUUGCAAUUGCAUCAACAUAAACUAUCAACAGCAGGAGCAGCAGCAACCCCACCACCAACACUACCUUCAUCAUUAUCAUCAGCAGCAUCAGUAUAAUAUUGGACGACAAUGCAUGUGUGCCGCCAGUGGGGGCGAUAGUCUUCGUCAUUUCAGCAACAAACAAAAUUGUAGCAGUAUCCAGCCACAGUCACAGCCACCUUACCAUUGGCCAUCAUCGACAAGCACAGUGUGACAAAACC